AUGACGACAGCUAUAAAAUUGAAAAACAGUAAUAAUGGUGAUAUUGUUAAGAAUACCGAACAAGGUACGAUAUCGUUUCAAUUCAAAAACGGUAUUUCCGUAGACAUCACUCUUGAUGGAUCGAUCAGAGUGACUAAUCGAACGGCGAACGCUGUUGCAGCCGUAAAUGCAACCGGUAACAUAUCGGCCGUUAUGCACCCUGUCGGUUUUAUGUAUAAAAAAGACGAAAUCGUACACAUACAAGCGAACGAUAUGCACUUUAAGAAUCAUAAGUUGGCGAAAAUAAGGCCUACAGGCAUUCACUUCAAGGCCAUCAAAAGCCCUCUGGUGUACUUGGUGGACGAAGCUGGUGUGAGGACGAACUUCUCGGAAAACUUUAUGCGCAUAGACCAAGACAUCACGUUAGAUGUGCUGUACAAAGACUGUCGUCACGGGGCCAUGUAUAUGAACGUGUGCAACGAUUUGUUGUCGGACAUCAAGUGCACAGUGCUCGAGACUGGUACGGAAUGGAAACUGUACGAUGUUUCGGUCAUACAAGAGAACAUUCAUGGUUUCAUCAGAGUGAUCAAGGACGGACGCGAUAAGUUCGAGAUCCGGUCGUCGGCGUCCGUCGGCACGAUAAAUCUGUACUCUGACAAGGUGGAUUGCACGGCGUCGCACGGCACCAACCACCACUUUUUCGUCAAAAAAAACAACAGUCGCAUUCACUAUGAGGUGCACAACAAGUUCAUGGUGCGGUACGGCGGCUAUCACACCGGUUUCAACGAAUCUGACGAAGUUUCGUUUUUUUCUGACGGCCCGCGGUCUGGUCGAAAGCGCCGCCGCCCGUCGUCAUGUGAUAGUAUUUAUUUAGUAAUUGCACUCGUACACUAA